AUGUCACCCUCCAAAAAAGAAGAGAUUCCUUCGGAUCUGGAAGGAAUCCAACGAUCAAACUCAAACUGCUCCCAAGUCGAAGGAACUUCACAGCGCAUCGAUGAUGCUGUCUUUGGUGAAGUUUCAGAAGAUGGUCCCAACUAUCGCAACGUCGGAUGGAUCGCAACAGUCGCACUAAUGACAAAAACUCAAAUCGGCCUUGGCGUUCUAUCAAUUCCUCAAACAUUUGAUGCAUUGGGCUUGAUCCCCGGAAUCAUAUGCCUCAUCACAGUGGCAGUUAUCACAACAUGGUCAGAUUAUAUGAUCGGCGUGUUCAAAAGGCGCCAUCCGCAGGUUUACGGUAUCGAUGAUGCUGGAUACCUAAUAUUCGGAAGGAUUGGUCGCGAGUUCUUAGCAACUGUUUUCAUGCUUUACUGGAUUUUUGUAGCUGGCUCGGCGAUGCUGGGUAUCUCCAUUGGCCUCAACUCUGUUUCUUCACAUGCGGCUUGCACAGCCGUUUUUGUGGCCGUAGCAGCUGUUCUUGGAUUCUCUUUUGCCAGUAUUCGUACGCUGGGUAAGAUUGGAUGGCUCGCCUGGGUUGGACUGGUCUGUAUCAUGACAGCUAUCUUCUGUGUCACUGUGGCCGUCGGUGUCCAAGAUCGUCCUGCUGCUGCGCCAAGCCCUGAGCAUGGCCACUGGGAGUCCGACUGGAAGCUGUUUAACCACCCGACCUUUGUCGACGGCAUCACAGCAGUGUCAUCCCACAUCUUUGCAUUCUCUGGAACGCCCGCCUUCUUCCAAAUCGCUGCUGAAAUGCGUGAGCCAAAGCACUACACCCGCUCCCUUAUAACCUGUCAGUCGAUCGUGACAAUUACAUACAUCACCAUCGGUAUAGUGGUUUACUUCUACUGCGGAUCAUAUGUUGCCUCUCCUGCGUUAGGUUCAGCUGGCGCCCUCAUGAAAAAGGUUUGCUAUGGCUUUGCCCUCCCCGGAUUGAUUGUGACUGCCAUGCUUAUGACCCACAUUCCUGCCAAGUACAUGUUUAUCCGUUUGUUGCGCGGUACAAAGCAUCUCAACUCCAACGGUAUAGUGCACUGGGCCACCUGGUUAGCCUGCACGGGAAGCGUCACUAUCAUUGCAUACAUCAUUGCCAGUGCUAUCCCUGUAUUUGGAGGUCUCGUGUCUCUUAUUGGUGCUCUUCUUGGCACUAUGAUGUGUUUCCAGCCGUAUGGCUGCAUGUGGUUGUAUGACAACUGGAACAAGGGCUUAAAGAACAGAUCACUUAAAUGGUACUUUAUGGUUGGCUGGAGUGGCUUUGUUAUCUUGGCUGGUACAUUCAUGAUGGUUGCAGGCACUUAUGGCUCCAUCGUUGGUAUCAACAACUCACUCAAGGCUGAUGGUGGAACGAGCCCCUGGUCUUGCGCUGAUAACGCCAAUUCUGCAGGCGGGGCUCACUGA